AUGAAGCGUCCUGCCGCCCAGAGUACUUCAAGGAUCUUCCGCUCCCAUCUCUUCAGAUGUUUGUGCAAAGGAAACCUUGCAGAAGCUCACAAAGUCGACGCCACCCUCUACGGGAUGUCCGGUCCCGAGAAGGUCUCGGUUGUUACCGUCCGCUGUACCUCGUACUCCUGCAGAAGAACGUAUGGUCCCAAUUUCUACAUCGAGCAAAGUGAGAAGAUCAACACCCUACCAGAUGUAGAUGUUGCAGGGGAAGCCAUAUUUAUCAGUCCCAAGAUUGGCUUCACGGUGAAUUACCUUCGCUACCACAUGCUCUUGGAGUUCCGGGCUUUCGCUUCAGCUCGAGCAGCGCUCGAUGUGUAUAGCAGGGUAUACGACAUCGAGCACUGCAGUGGAGGGGGUCACUUCAGAGAUGUCCAUGGGUCCGCAAUCAUGUACUUCAUCGCUCUGACUGAGUAUCCGGCCGCAUCGAUCCCCAUGACUUUUGCCAUUGGUCACGAGGCCACCAGUCAAUCGGUUGAAGCCUACGAUCGCUACGUGCACAACCAUGCGUUCCCUCCGUCUAACAAGCGGAAGGUCACAGAGAUUGUGUGCGACGGCCAUGCUAAAGUGCAUGUGAAAUGCGGGGCCUUGGACAAGAAGCACCCCGGAAAGCCUCGGGCGAACGGCAAGCGGAAGCCCUAUGGCUACGGCUGGUUCAUGGCCGUCGAUCCUCGCACCUUACGAGUCCUCGGGGUUUCCUGCCUUCACCAGCCGGAGGGCAAUGAAGUGAUGGAUGGCAUCCUCACACGCCUCCUCCCCAAGUAUCCGCUCCUCGACGGCGUCGUCAUGGACAGGGCUUGUGCCUUCCUUCCUCACGCAAAGCGCACCAGGAAGUUUGCGCAGGUGGGCUAUUGGUGUGUGGACUAUUUCCACGGGGCCAAACACAGUGACCAAUGCCCUUGCAACCCCCAUCAUGUCCGUCGCCUGAACCGUCGCUUUGCUAGUGUAAACACUUCAGCAGCGGAGCAGGUCUUUUCGUGGUUCCGCCAGUAUGCUAGAGUUCUGAAUGAGCUCUCCCCGCACCGGCAUCAUCUCAAAGUCUUGGUGUUCUGUAAGCUGCAUAAUGAUGUGUGUCGACGCGGGCGGCCUGGCUACCUCAGCCAGUUUCCCUACAAACGUAAGAAAGUCUCAAAGGCAUACAGCUGUAGCAUGAAGUGCCAGAAGACUGCUCUCAAGAAGCGUCCGGCAUGCCGAGUAUGA